UAAAGUCUUAUUAGUCUAGUUUACACCGAUCGUUUGAAACGCGAAUCAAAUAGUACAUUUGAGCUAAUCAGCCAAUGACUAAACGAAUGUACUAGUUAUUUACUAUUUGCUAGGCCUAUGACGUAUUGAUGACGUUACAUGUGUUAGAAUGCUACGAAGUGCCGAGUGAUUCGCUUCGAGAACUGCACUGUGAAUGAUUCAAAGCAUUUGCAGUGCUAACUGGACUACAGCCACAAUGCAGCAUAUAGCAGUUGCCAGCAAUUUAGUUUAUGCAACAUAACCUCAAAACUACCUGUCAUUUCUAAGAAAUUGCGAACGAUUUUGUUUAAUGACGUUUUAUUUUCAUUCAUACGUAAUAAUUAUCAUAUAUGUUUGUGGCUGUCCAUAAGAAUUUGUGUAUAUUUUAUCAUUACACAGGAAGGUAUAAAGGACAUUAGUCAAAUAUAUGUGUGAAUAUUUCUGAACAAUUUGACAUUGACAAUAGUGCAAUAAUGAACAUGACAAAGAAAAUCAAUGUCAACUUUUCAUCUCUGGUUGGUUUAAAGGCAGAGUUGUUAAGAAAGCAGGCAGAGGUGAAUGAGGUAAAGCUAAAAAAUGAAUCUAUCAGUGGACUACUACAGAUGAACAAAAAGAGGAAAAAUAAAAACGUUAUGAAGGAUAUGGAGAAGAAUACAAAAGAAUUGCUGGACUUGGACGACGUCGUUGCCCAUAAAAAAUCAAAAUUAAUGUUGGAAGCCAAAGCAAAAUUGUACAAGAAGUUGAAGGAAUCAAGAAACAACGAUAAUAAUUUCCUUGUUGAUUUUAAAAACAAAUCAGAUGAAUCUGACGAUGAAUUUGUAGAUGAGGCGAUUAAUGAAAAACAUCCUAUAGAGUCAGAAGAAAAUUGGGUAGAAUAUCAGGAUUGUUUUGGUCGUACUAGGAAGUGUUUGCGGGAGGAUCUACCACAUAUGCAAAAGAAAAAUGAAUUAAUAAAGCAGGAAAUAAUGAAGGGAAAUAUUGGAAGAGGCAGAGAAGAGGAGAAUGAAGCACAAGUUUCUGUUCCAGAAAAGGAACCCGAGAUAGAAAUUAUGAGGCGAAAAUGGGAGGAGCAGACGCGGAAACUUGCAGAUAAGGUGGAUAUACAUUAUCAAGAUAUACUGUUUGAUGAGGCACGUACGCAUGGUGUCGGUUAUUACGCAUUUUCACAAGAUGAGGACAAGAGAGCGAAGCAACAGGAGAAUCUAGCAAAUUUAAGAAAGGAAACGGAGAGGAAGCAAAUGGAAAUGAAGGAGAUUAAAGACUUGAAGGAGAGAAUGGAAUCGAAUAGAUUAAAGAUGGCAAGAGUUCGACAACGAAUCAGAGCUGGCUUGCCAGCGGAACCUACAGAGGAAGAACUAGCUCAAAAAAGUAAAAUUGAUUUUACUGAUAACAGUUGUGCUGAGAAAAAUGAUGAGAUAGCUGAUAAUUAUGCAGAAAAGUCUGAUGAGAAAACUGCUCAUAGUAUUGAAAAAAUUGAUGCUUGUAAGGAAGAAAAUAAUGAUGAGGAUGAAGAUAAGAUAAAAAUCUUUGGAGAACUCUUAGGUAAGAAGAAUUGGCACGUAAUGUCGCAAGAAGAAUGGGUGCACAAAUGCAGAGCACAAAGAAUUGGCGAAUUUGGACCGAUAUAUGAUAACUUUAUGAGUGCUGGAUUUUAUAGUGAGUCUGCAAGUGCUGACAGAGAGUUAGUUCAUGAAGAUAAUGGAAGUAGUCCGGAAAAUUGUAACUCUAAAAAAUCCAUGAAAGAAUUUACUACCGAAUUGAAGAAUUGUGAAAAUUAUGAUAAUUCUGCUAAUAAUGGGAUCACUUCUAAUGCGGUAUAUAUUGACAGUCAUAAUCAAAAUGAUAACAGUUUAGCAGAAUGUGAUACAGUGACGAAUAAAAAUAACACGGGACGAGAAUUGCCUAGGAAUUUAAUAGAAUCCGUUACGUUAAAUUCUGCGACAAAUGUAUCGAAUUCACAGCCAUCUCAGGUACAACCACCUGCUUCUUGUUUGUUAUCUCACUCGUCUAAUUAUUUGCAAGAUGUCGAUAACAAUCUUGGGAUAUAUACUCGUGAACAGCAUAAAGAAAAGAAUGACACUACAUCAGCGUCUAGUAAUCUUCACGUCAUUAAACCAGAAGCGUUGCUACAGAAUAUAAAUGAGGAUAGCAUAAUGGCUGGCCUUAAAUAUUUAAGAGAAAAGUUUGAAGAAACUCAUAGUAAAUAGAUAUAAUAGAAAAGUUAUAUUACAAUAUUAAUGAAUACAGUUUUAUGUAAAAAUAAAUACAUGACUAUUAC